AUGUUUCAGAACCAUCUGCCAAAAGCUUUCAGACAACAGAAACUACUGCUAACAAACGUAAUGGGCACAUGUGUGAUGCUUGCUGCUGCAGAUACAAUUCAGCAGCACAUUGAUCACUACAUAUAUCCGAGCAGAAACAGGCAUUUUGAUGCGAGGAGUGUAGGAAGGUUUGGGAUAAUGGGCCUGGUAAUGGGACCAAUGAGCCAUUACUGGUAUCUGUGGCUCGAAGGAGCGGUGACGCGUGGCUCAACAGCUUCAAUUGUGACCAAGAAAAUUAUACUUGAUGUUGUCAUAACGCCAGCUUUUGGGUCCACUUUUGUAUGCGGUUAG